GCGAGCGAGUAAGCGAGCGAGCGAGAGAGGUUUGCCCCGGUGCGCGAGUCGGAUUACAUCGCGUGUAGUCCGCAAGCGGAAAGUGCGUAAAGUGCGUCUUCGUGCAUGUUGUGCGUGCACCGCAUGAGACAAGUUCGCUUCUUCGUAGCUCGUUUAUUCGCACUUGGGCGAGCCGUGCGCGCGCGACAGAAAGAGACGGGGAAAGUAAUAGGUCGCUGGUAGACGUGGUGGGGCGAGGGGAGGAGACGAUCCAGAGCGAGAGAGAGAGAGAUACUCGUGGCGCGUUCGAAACGAAGCGCAUCGUCGCUCGCAGAGAGGAAGCGGCCGAAGUUCGAAGCGGAUCGACGUGCGAGAGUCCGAACUUUCGACGGACGCGAAGCGACUCGCGAACGGACGGACAGUUAGGACGCGUCGCCGCCACCGUCGUCGCCGCUCGUUGCGCGUUGCCGUAGUUGAUCAGCGGACGGAUUCGCAACACGAGCGUGUGAACUCUCUCGCCGCCGUUGUGUCGCGUCCUCGUUCGCUCCCGCCUGACGUAUCGGGAUACACAGCGAGGUUGCCGCUGCCACCGCCGCCGCCACAGUUGCUGCUGGCGAUUCUUCAGGACCAGGUCGUGGGCGAACCACCUGCCGCAGAAGAAUGGAGAUCCCGAAAUCCAUGCAGGAAGAAGUCAAAUCCGUGCAAAACAAACUGUGGAACGCGAUAUGGGAGCAUCAGAGGUGCAUGGCGAAGCUGAAGAAUGACCCAAAUAACUCCGACGCCCACAGCCAGAAGAAACAGAUUCAGAUGCGUAUCCUUUCUUUGGGAAAAUGCCAGAAGCAAAUCGUGGAGCGACUGCGCAAAGCGGUGCGGAACGAUGCAGCGGACAACGCGAACGGGUCGAAAGUUUCCAUAGCUUCUCUCUGGGGUUUGAACAACAACAAUCAUAUCACGAAUAACAACGAGACGAAACAUGAGACGGUCGCCAACGGCUUCGAAACAAAACCUUCGAAGGAGGACUACGAGGAGGUCGUUACGAAUGGCGAUGUUCCAUCACCGGUACAACAUAACGAUUGCGCAAAACAAAUCCCUAACUCAGUGGAAGCUGUCUCUGGUGAAGACGAUAUCGUUGAGGUGCCAAUGGAUGAGAACUCUAACAAGAAACAAGAAAAGACGAAGGAAAAACAUCAGGUUGAAUUGAGCCAGGAAAAUUUUCUGCGUUGUCUUCUGCUUAUUACUAAUGAAAAAGCUUUGGAACUACAGAACAAAAGAACGGAAAGGAAGCGUCGCAGCACGGCGAACCAUACACAAUUCGUAUAUUCCAUGGCGGAACAACCGGCUAAGCGGCAGAAGAGGCACUGGCUGUCGGGAAAUGCGCCUCACACGCGACAGGCGACUGCUCGUAUGAACGGCCCGUCGCCACCUCCUAGCAAAGCUCAAGCAACCAAAUCUACCUCGCUACAAGCUCGUGCGACAACGAAGUCGCUGAUAACGGUUCCGGCUCAAAAGUCCACUACCAGACCGAAUAUUCUCAGAAGCGCGGAUAGCAAAGUCUUCGUGAAUAAGAACAGGAUUGAGGAUAGGCAGACGCAAUCAUCUGCGACCAGUGCCAAAACUAUUCAGAUAGGUGGCAAGACUGUCCAUUUACCGGGAUUGCCAUCUAGCUUGACCAUAGAGAAAAUCGAGAACGACUCCGUCGUAUGUAUCACUUGUAGGAAUAAAACCUCAGGUCCAUUAACGAUAUGCGAGAUUUGCUCAAGAAGCUAUCACGUCACCUGCCAUACCAUGCCGGCUCCACCCAGCACGUGUCCUAAAUGUGCAAUAGUAACAGGGUCGAGGAAGAACGUGCAAAAGGAAGAAGGAGCCGAGGGUGGAGAACGAGUGGAUGGAGAGAAAUUACCAAGAUUGAAGGGUGACAAGCUCGUUGCAACAACGCUUGCGUCAGGAGCUAAUGGGAAAACAAGAGAAGACUCAGAGAUCUAUAAAACGUCUAGUGGACUUUAUAAAGCUGAUGCAAGUGAGAAAAAGCGCAUCCUCUCCUCUACCUUCGGCAUCAAUCAACUCCCCGCCUCAACCUUCCUCAUCCCAAUCUCCUCCGACAAUACCUCAAACGUCGAGCAAUGCGAAGAUAGAAAACUCACCUCAGUCACCGAUAACGAACAUCGACCAGAUGUCGUACCUCAUAACCCCGUCGUUCUCAGUCAGCCUCAACGAUCGGGCAUCACCUACGUCCAAACAGAGGAACAAAUGUCCUACUCCUAUCAGCUGUCAGGCAACAGCGCCCAGCCUGAAAAGCAUCAAUCAUACCUCAUUGUCAAAAAAAUCACUGAACCAAGAAGGUCCGACCAACUUACUAGUGGUCAAACCGACGACCAAAGCCACUCUACAGUUGUCAACUAUCAACUGCCGACCACGUCCGGCUGUAGCUCCUCCCUCGAGGCCGGCAUCGUCGUCGCCCACUCCUUGUUCUUCGGUCGUAACAAUCGUAAGAGGAAGACCAACCGCGCAAUCCCAGCGCUCCACCGCAUUAUCGGCUCGGAAGGGCUCCUCCCCAUCACGGGCGAUUAUCAGUUGGACCGAACGACCCUUAACGGCAGAAAGCCCUGGGCCAAGCUCUCACACAGUAAACUCUGCAUCAAUCAGCAAUCAACCGCCAGACCCGCAACAGAAAGCUUAUUCCCAUCCUACAAUGAUUACAUCGAAAUUAGCGAUGAGAACUUGCAAAUCGCAAGGUCCACCCGCGGAUCAGCAGAGGAGACAACGAGCUUCGAUAGUCGCGUCGGCAAGCACAAAUCAGCAAGAGCCGGCACCAUCGUCCACUCAUUGUUCCCAGGCAAUAAUAGGCCCUAUAUCAUCUCCGAUCGUUCACGCGAGCCACGAGGUUUCGGCACAAACGACCGAGACUGUCCGCUCUUGCGACAACAGCUCUGUCGUUUGGAGCACGAGCAGCUGGAGUCCCGCGAACAGUCAGGCCGCUCAACAACAGCAACAGUCCAGCUCCAGCGGCGCGCCCUCACGAGAUUCUUCGAGCACGUGAAAUUGGAAGAAACGCAUAUACCAGCGCCACUUAGAACAGAGCUAGUACACAAGAGCAAGGGCGCGUUGGAUGGGAAAGAUUUCGGCGAGAAAGUCGACCGAAAGGGUGCACGCGACCGACGUUACGAUGACGGUGCCGUUAGCGUUGACGCUACACUGUUGACGUCAUCCUCCAAUUCCGACGAGGACUCGCUUGACGAAGAGACGCGGAGAGGCCACGGGGCCACUAACGGCAUCACGAAAGACUCCUGUGAAAAGAAUGCCGCGAACUGGUCGCCUCUCUGUGGUUCCUCGAGCGCACAAUCGCCAUUGGCGAGCAACGAUUACGCAAAGUCGCAAUCGUCUACGUUAUUUUUUCAGUCAGCGUCACGUAAGGAGAGACAGAGAGACAACGGGGCGCUACGUAUCGCACAAAGCAAUCUUCCGGAGCUUCUUAAUGAGGUCUCAGUUCCUGACGAUAAGGCUGAUACCGAGAGACAAGACUUACCCAGUGGCGGCAGGCCGUCGAGUAGGAGCAGUAUCAGCAGUGGCGGUGGCGGCAGCAGUAGCAGUAGCAGCAGCGGCAGUAGCAGCAGCAGCAGCAACAGCAGCAGCAGCAGCAGCAGUCACAGCGACACCCCGGAGCAAGCGAUGAACAACGUGGACGGUCUCGCGGCCUCGCACAUCUCCAAAAACAUGUGCGAACUCCUGAACGAUAAUCCCACCUCUCCGGGGGAAGAAGAGGAGCUGGUACGCUACGUGUCAGAAAUGGGCGGAGGUGAUGACGACGAUGACAACGACGACGACGACGACGACGACGACGACGACGAUGACGACGCCGUCACUGGCUAGAUAUAUAGUUAGAUUAGUUAUAUUGACAUUGACAUUGUCGAACGUGCUCAUCGUUACUCUCGCUCGCACUCAGAAAUCCGCGUGUGUGUUCGAACUGAACGGCGUGUCUUUUGCGCGAGAAUCAAUCCUUGUAAUCCUAUAGUAAUUAUAUAUCAGUAUACGAUCGCGUCGUAUCCUAGAGGUAUUUUACAACGACAAUUCGAUGUCGGAGAACAUCGCGGAAGUUUCCACAAACGGCACCGAUCACCAGCCGUGCGCUUCCCGAUGCAUCGUGGCCUAUACGACGUAAUAAAGGAGACGUUAUCGCUACGACCGUUGCUAGUCGUUUCAGAAUUUCGUCGAUCUCGUAGAAAAGGAAAAAGGGGAAAAAAGAAAUGCGAUAUUUCUACCACGUAAAAGUAUUAAAAAAAUAUUAUACAUAAGAUGACAUCGUGGAGGUUUUUUUUGAAGAUUAAUUUUCUUUGUUCUCUCAGUUAUAUUAUGCUGACGUGGAAAUUAUUCGAAAAAAGCUACGUGUGACAUCACAUACUCUCAUGGAAAGUUUGAUUACAUGACGUUUGUUUGCGACGCAAUGACGAGGCCGAUUGCUUCUGACUCUGAUGUAAGAUUUGUAUGUGUACACGAGUUUGUCAGCAUAUCUAUUCGCAAUUCGUUUCGUUUACAGCUUAAACGCGCACAUCCAGUAUAUAUCGUACUGCGAGAUUCUGCGACCGGGCAAACGCGUACUUGUCUGUCCGGAGUCGUCGUGCGAACUACGUUGAGAAAAAGAAAAGAAAAGACGACACAGGAGGAAGCCUAACUACUACGUAAAAUCGAGUCACAUUACCAUACUGCCUUAAUAGUAAAAUAAAAGUGGUACUUUUUAAACCAGCAAUAUAUAUCGACAAAUGAGAGAAGAGGGAUCGUAUCUAUCCCGAUUGCGAGGAGCGCGGAUCGAUCAACGAUCAGUGCGGGCUAUAAUAAUCGUCGUCGAUCUCUCCGACCGCGGAGGAACAAUACGACUAAUCAAAUCUCGUUACCAUAAUCGAAAGCGUAGGCAUUAAGGGCCAUUGUCCGGCAAGUUCCGGGAAGCGACGCGACGCGAAACCGAUUGUCCCGUUCUCGCGAAAGUUAUUAGCCGAGGUAAAGCUCGAAGACACGAGAGAUUUGGAUUUGCGUGGCGGUGCACAAAGCGUGUGCACAGAGAAAUUGCUCUCGAUGACCAAGGAUGUGCGUCUGGGUCAUACACACACGUUUGAUCAUAGGUGGCAUGAUGUUCUCCGUUUUAGGCGUGGUGAUACGUGGCGUCCUUUAUUUGAAGCUUGCGAUCGUUCGUUUUCCCUCUCAUUUCGUUCCUCGUACGUGCAUACGUUUCACGCAAAUCCGUAAUGGGCUUUCAGAGACUUCUGCGUUUUGGCGAGCAAUAUUUUUCCGACACGGCGUUCUGUGUUGACUUCAGUUCGAUUGUAAUUCUUUCUCGCCCGAGGUUUUUUUUCCAUCGCUAAAGCUGCGACUCGCUACGUGGCAUUUUUUCCGCAAGGCGGACUGUGUGUUCUUCGAAGGAUGAUCGCUUGGAUGGCGUGAAUGCGUUACGACGGUAUUAUCCGACGAUGCGUCAUUAAUUUGAUUCGCACUGAAUUGUGCGACAGUUUGUCUAUUUAUUUCGCGUUUAAUUGUUAAAUUUUCUUUUAGCCGGCCGGUAAGCCGCCGGCGCGCCCGACGUUCACACUUAACUAGCGUAUACAAUUAAGGAGAAAAGUUGUUAUUGCAAUGUAGGCAACGAUAUUGAGAUCGAAAUUCGUAUUUUUUAUGGAAUAAAGCUACUUCAACAGCACGCA